CACUGAGGUUCCAUACUGUCGAUGAUGCAUUUUCGAAAUGCUCUAGGCGCUGUCCACCGUUUCCACCACGCCUCAUAGUCGCAGGCUGGCCGAGAGACUAUUCAUAUCGCAAAGAGUCAUGACUGCCGAAGUAAUCGACCUUCUCUCCAGCAGCCCCUCGUGGCCCUCUUCCAAGAACGCAAGACCCCCACUACCUCGUCCUGCGCCACUGGUUAGUGCAGCUGUUGUGACACCACUGGCAUACGGCGAUGAAGAUGUAUUCGACUUGACAGCCGAAUCGCCAGAGACAAUCCCAAAACCUCUACCACUGCCAUCUGUAUUGCCGAAAGCGACAUCCCCGUCAUUGACAAACUCAGCAACAAAACGUGCACGAGAGGAAACUGUUCCUGUGAAUACGCCCAUUUACUUCAACUCGGACGACUUUGAUACAAUUGUCGAUCUCGAAAGCAGCCUGCCGAUUGGCAAUGGGUUGAACAACGAACCACGGGAUCGCAAAAGACCGCGACUCUCUUCUCCUCGUCGCAGCCGCAGAUCCUCCUUCGACCGCUCCCAUUCCGCUACUGAUCACAGUACCCGACUGCCUCAGAAGCAGAGUGACGGUUUGCGACGAGUACGUUCGGUGGUGGAACCAAUCGAAUUCUCAAGUUCUCCGGGUGUCUUCUCUCCACCAACGACAAGUGCUCCGGCCGAUGACCCGUUCGCAGCAUUGCCGCCUUCAGCGCAGCCUGCGCCGAUAUGCGAGAACCCGCUUCCGAAGGCCACAACCACCGGGCCCGGACAUAUAAACUACGAAUUAAGCUCCGAUGAUCCCUUUGCGAGUUCGCCACCCGUGGCACGGAAAGCGAUACCCCAGCCGCCUACAAUACUCCUAGACAAUGACGAUGACGAUCCAUUUGCCAGCUCACCAAGACGAGCGCCGACAGAGACUGUGAAACCACCAGAUACAAGAACAUUAGCCGGGACAACGGCCAAGGGGAAAGAGAAGGUCAUUUCACCGCCCAGACGAAAGGCUCAUUGGGACCCCAUAUCGAGCUCUGCGCCUGAACCGAAAACUAGACGUGAUCCGUUCGAGAGUUCUCCUCCCCCACCGCGAAAGACCAUGACCAAAGCCGCCAGCGCUGUGAUUAACCUCAGUGACUCGGAGCCGGAGCCUGCAGCCCGCGGUCUCGAUGCCGACUCGGACGGAGAGUUUCCAGACCUCGAUAACUUUAACGUUUCGAAACUCAAAGCCCGAUUGGACACCAAGAAGCCAUCCUCCCGAACUACCUUAAGGGUGCCAUCGAAAGCCACCUCUAAAUCGAGUACCAGCCGCCCAACGACAACAAAGUCAGUGGAAGAAAAGACGAGAGAGAAAGAAGCGAAAGCAGCGGAACGAGAAAGAGAAAAGGAACGCAAGAAGCAAGAGAAAGAGGCUAUCAAGGAGCAAAAAGCCAAGGAAAAGGAACGAGCGGCUGCGCUGGCAGAGGUCAAUAAGAUCAGGACCGACAAGAAGGUGUCGACUCCCGAAAUGAUUGCAGACCUCCCGGCUAGCCUCCCCGCGACCAUGACACUUCAAAUUCAGACAUUGUUGAAAGACCUGGACGUGCAGCACUCUACCUGGGAGAGUCCCGUGGACAACGUGGUCAAGUGGAGGAGAAAAGUUGCGAGUCGGUUCAAUGAUGAGCUCGGGCACUGGGAGCCGAUCCCUAUGCGCAUUCAACCAGACAAGUUCGCGCUCGUCAUUGUCACUGCGUCUGAAUUUGUCACGUACGCCCUGGGACCCGAGGGUAACAACCUCGAGGCUCACGUCUCCAAGAUGAAGCAACAUUUCCCAAAAGAACAAAUCAUGUACCUGAUUGAAGGCCUCAACCCCUGGAUGAGGAAGAACCGCAACGUCCGGAACCGACAGUUCGCAUCUGCCGUGCGCGGCGAAGAUGCUGCAACGGGUGAUGGUCAGACCUCGACUAGUGCCGCCGCUCAACCGCGGCGGCGCAAGAACCAGCAGCCGCAGGAGUACAUUGACGAAGACUCGGUCGAAGACGCCCUGCUCCAGCUGCAAGUCAUGUACGACGUGCUGAUCCACCACACCGCCGCGGCCGUCGAGACUGCGCAGUGGGUCGCCGUCUUUACUCAGCACAUCUCGACGGUGCCGUACCGGAAACAGCGCGAGGCGACCAAUGCCGCGGGGGCCGGCUUCUGCAUGGAGACGGGCCAGGUCCGCACGGGCGAGGACGUCAAGGAUACCUAUGUGCGGAUGCUGCAGGAGAUUGCGCGCGUCACGCAGCCUGUGGCCUACGGCAUCGUGUCCGAGUUUGAGACGGUGGGGGAGCUGGUGAAGGCGUUUGAGGAGCGAGGGCCGCUUUGUCUGGAGAAUUGCCGCAAGAGUACGAACAAGGAUGGCGGGUUUUCGGACCGGGCUGUUGGGAAGGCUGUGAGUAAGAGAAUCUACAAGAUGUUUACGGAGACGGACGAAUGGAGUACGGAUGUAUAGGGUAAGAAUAGGAUAGGGUGGUUUGUUUUGUAUGAUUCAUGACUGGAUGAUCGAUUGUACUGGCAUUGCACUCAUGGAUUACGUGGCCAGGAUCAUAUUGUACCGGCAGAUAUGGCUUUAUGGAACACAGCUUCAUUGAACGAGA